CUCAGGAUGAAGACGGAUGACUUUUUCGCCGAGGAGAGGCUCCUCAAUGGGAGGAGGACGCUUGGCUUCGAACACACGUUGAUGUUCGGUCAAUACAAGGAGGAUCUCGGCGAAUUUGCACGUUCCGAGGCUCUCCGCCUCAAAAAUCUCGAGCGGCUUCGCAAAACGGAAGAGAAGCUCACGAACAAAGACCUUAAGCCGUACAAAAGCGAAUGGCAGAGGAAGUGCUUCAACCUCAUAUCGCGAUGCUGGAACAAUACAUUCUCUAAGAUUGGGGGCGAAGACUGGUUUUUCUUACUGCUCCUGGGCGUCAUAUCGUCGCUGAUAUCAUUCGGAAUGGACUACGGCAUUCAGACAUUCCUCCGCACUCGGCAAUGGCUCUACAAUGAUCUAGCGUCCCAUCUGGCGCUGAAGUACAUCGCGUGGGUCUUCUUCCCGGUUCUUCUCAUCCUUUUCUCCUGCGGUUUCGCUCACACCGUUGCACCGCAGGCGAUCGGGUCUGGCAUCCCCGAGAUGAAGACGAUUCUCCGAGGAGUCGUGCUUAAGGAAUACUUGACUUUUAAGACACUUGUAGCCAAGGUCAUAGGUUUAACAUGCACAUUAGGAAGCGGCCUACCGCUCGGAAAGGAAGGGCCUUUUGUUCAUAUAUCUUCUCUUAUUGCGACAGUCCUAUCCAAAGUUAUAUAUUCUUUCAAAGGAAUUUACGAGAAUGAGUCUCGAACAAGUGAAAUGCUGGCCGCCGCUUGUGCCGUUGGAGUAGCUUGCACAUUCGCUGCGCCUCUGGGAGGUGUGUUAUUCAGCAUCGAGGUAACUUCAGUUUUCUUCGCCGUGAGAAACUACUGGCGAGGAUUUUUCGCGGCGGCUUGCGGAGCUCUCGUAUGGCAACUGCUCGGCGUGUGGUUGCGGGAACAAGAUACAAUCACCGCUGUCUUCCGGACGAAUUUCCGAAUGGAUUUCCCAUUCGAUUUGGCUGAGCUGUUGGUCUACGCGGCCAUGGGGGCGGCUUGUGGCGUACUCGGUGCUACGUUCGUGUACCUGCAUAAGAAAAUCGUCCUAUUCAACCGGAAGCACAAACGGAUGUCAGCCUUCCUGCAGAGGAAUCGCUUUCUCUACCCUCUCAUUAUAACGACGUUGAUCUCUACCAUCACGUUCCCCCCAUUUCUCGGGAAAUACAUGGCGGCUGAGUUAACUACCCAUGAAGCAAUCCACGACUUAUUCUCUAAUUUUACUUGGGGCUCUACCGACCUCGGCGUGGACGAAAUGAUCGUCGUUCAACGAUGGCAGGAGAACCCUCUGGAGAGUUUUCAUUUCACCCUCAUAAUGUUCGUCAUCAUGAAUCUAUGGAUGACUGCGUUGGCCGCCACAAUACCCGUACCUCUAGGUCUCUUCAUCCCCGUGUUCAAGAUGGGGGCUGCUUUCGGACGUCUCGUCGGCGAAAGCAUCGCACAAUAUUGCCCACAGGGUAUUCGGGUGGAUUCAACCUUAGACAGCGGUCACAAUCUAGUUAUCCCAGGAGGGUAUGCCGUGGCUGGAGCCGCGGCCAUGGCUGGAGCUGCAACCCGGACGAUAUCGACUUGUGUCAUUGCUUUUGAGAUGACAGGUCAAAUGUCACAUAUUCUGCCAGUCAUGAUAGCCGUUCUCAUUGCUAAUGCGGUCUCACAAAUGCUGCAACCGUCUGUGUAUGAUUUGAUUAUAACCUUGAAAAAGCUGCCUUAUCUUCCCCCGAUUCUCUCAACGUCGUCGCAUGCCCACACGAUCUAUGUAGAAGAUAUCAUGGUGAGAGAUGUAAAGUUCAUUUGGCAAGGCGCCACCUACCGCGAUCUCAAACAGCUUCUGAAGGAGAACAAACGUUUGAUGUGCUUCCCGUUUGUCGAAUCACCUCAAUCAAUGAUCCUACUCGGCUCCAUUCCACGAGUGGAAUUGCUCCGAUUGCUCGAAAUGCAACUGGGGAGGUUCCGUCGCCUUGAGGAAGUAGCCAGACGACGGUCACAGGACGUCUCGGGACGGAGUCCCAGAGGGGAUCGACGGAGGAUGUCCCGAUUCGUAGUUUCUCCUGUGACGACGAACAGUGCCAAGCCGUCUCCGAAGUCUUCACCGCCACCAUCCCCACCCAUGACGCCGCGAGUGCCAAAAAAAUCUAUACUGAAGGAUCACGGUCUGACCAUAUACGGGAACCGAGACUACCAAUCGCCCUACGCAACCGUGACGUCCUACGAUUCCCGUUUGAGACAGGCGUUCGAAGUUAUUUCGAGAAAACUCCUCACACUCCCGGACGCGAACCCUUCCGAUGGUGAUAGUAAUCCAGCCACUCCACAGGUCAAGAGAGUUCAACUGCCCCGCGAACGUGUUAUCGAUAUGUCUCCCGAGGAGCAGCUAGCAUGGGAAGAAGAACAGUUGUCCCAGGCCGUCAACUAUGCAGAGUGUCAUAUCGACCCAGCGCCAUUCCAGCUCGUGGAGAGAACGACUCUCAUCAAGGUACAUUCCAUCUUCUCGAUGUUGGGCCUGCAGCACGCCUAUGUGACGGCGAUCGGAAGACUCAUCGGGGUAGUUUCCCUGAAGGAGCUCCGGAAAGCCAUCGAGAAGAUGAACACCGGGGGUUUCGGGAGAGAGAUGAAGAAGGAGGACGAAGACAAGAAGCCUUUCGGUCCGAACGAGGACAUCGGAGGCGUAUCCGAGCCGGAAACUCAGUCAGAAGACGAACUCGUUGUACCGGACGCGACACCCGGCGGGAGCAAGCUCCCCGUUUGAGCAGCUGGUUGCUCUGCUGGAAAGUAAGCUCAGUUUGUGGUUCAAAACUGCGCGACCAGCCGUUGUCGCUGUGUCGAGCACGGUCGCCGGCACAACUCUCAGCAGAGGAGCCAUCACUAGUCUUGUAUUCUCGAAGGUUCUCAAAUACCUCUCCGAAAGAAGAAAUUCCGCAGAAGUCGAAGUUCCUGAGUUGUUCAACGUUCUGAUCUUAGGUGACCAGAAAAUGUUUUCAUGCAUAGGAGGCAUUGUGGGAAGCGGGUCGGCUCGCCUGUGAAUGUCGCAUAUCUGUAAAUACCCAUCUGAGACUAAGGAUAUUCCCCUUAGAGGGACACAUGACGAAGCGCCAGCAUGACGGCCUCAUAGGAAUAAUUACCUUUCAAACUCGAGAAAUAGCUGUUGUUGAAGGAAUUCUGUGCGUUUGUCCCCCUGGGAGGCAUGAUCCUCGCGAAGGAAUUCAUACGAUCUUGUUUUGGGUGAACAUAAUCAACGAAAAUGCCUCGGGGUGAGAUUGUUCGACAGGGUCUCCAAUGGCGGAGGCCUUGACGUCGGUACUGCGGUCGAGUACCGUCAGUAGGAGCACAGACGACAGAACCGUGUUCAUUCAUAAGCGUCGUGAUUCAUUCGUGUUGAUAUGUUGAUAUUCGUGUUGUUCUAGGUAGCACAUAAAUUAUUCACGCUGUUCCGAUGCUUCGGCGGAGUCUGAAACGUUCAUAUGUCAAAAGGACGCGGCAAGCUUUCAGAAUGUAUUCGAGAACUUGCUCAUACUUCCAACUACCCGGGAGGAGGAAGCUUGU